UGGAAAUGUUGCGUUUUAAUCUGAAUAAACUGAAUAGAAGAUGAAGAAGCUUUUGGAGUUCUUGGUUUUCUCCUCGUCAAUGUGUUUUCUCCAACCUGUGAAGCCAUUUCCACAGCCUGACUCAAAGAAACUCAAGAGGCUGUCCUGCACAGACCCGAAGGAGUACCCCAACAACAACGUGUGCUGUUUAAGCUGUGAAGCAGGUGAAUAUGUGAAGACACACUGCACUGAAGCAGGGAAGAAGGGUGUGUGUGAAGAAUGUGACUUUGGAACGUUUAUGAAGUACGCCAACGGGCUGGAACAAUGCUUUAAGUGCACCCAGUGUCGCUCAGACCAGGACAUGGUGAGUCUGUGCACUCACACUCAGGAUACUCUGUGUCAAUGCAAAGCGGGUCGGUUCUGUCGUCCUGACCAGGCAUGUGAAGUCUGUAAGAAGUGUUCAAGAUGUCAAAGUGAUGAAGAGACAGUAAGGAACUGUACAUCCACCACUGACACGGAGUGCAGGAAAACACUGCCCAAAUCUACUGCAGACUCAGAUGCAGCUCUGGUUGUUGGGAUUCUGGUUUGUGUCCUGAUUUUGGUGUUUGUUGGAGGAGUUCUCAUUUUCAUUUGCAAGAGGACAAGACCGACAGGACCAAUUCUGGAGGUGUGUCCAGAAUCCAAGUCCUGCUAA